CUGCAGCUCACUCUGCUGACCCGGAGACCGUCCACCAUGAAGCAUCUCUUUUCGGCGCUACUGCUGCUCAGCUACUUGGUAGCUGCUGUGUUGUCGGCCCCCACCGAGCAUGUCAGGUGGUGCGUCAAGUCGGACAAGGAGCAACAAAAGUGCUCGGACUUGGCCGCCAAGGCGCCCGUGUUCUUCUGCGUGCAGAAAGCAGACUCCAAAGGAUGCAUCGAAGCCAUUCAUGCAGGAACAGCCGACGCCAUCACGUUGGAUGGAGGAGACGUCUACACUGCAGGACUGGAAAACUUCAAACUCCAUCCCAUAAUUGCAGAAGACUAUGGUGCUGCAUCUGAUAGCUGUUAUUACGCCGUCGCCGUGGUUAAGAAGGGCACAGACUUUGGUAUCCGCGACCUGGCGGGGAAGAGAUCUUGCCACACUGGUUUGGGAAAAUCUGCUGGCUGGAACAUCCCGAUUGGAACUCUGAUCAAGUUGGGUGUGUUGAAGUGGGGAGGCAUUGAGGACCAAACGAUUGAAGCUGCGGUGGGUAACUUCUUCUCUCGGAGCUGUGCCCCCGGAGCAGAAAAGGGUUCCAAACUGUGCAAAGGCUGCAAGGAAGACUGCUCACGGUCUCACGAUGAACCCUACUACGACUAUGGCGGUGCAUUCCAGUGCCUAGUCGCAGAUGCUGGAGAUGUGGCGUUUGUCAAGCAUCUGACUGUACCAGACAGCGAGAAGGCCAACUAUGAGCUGUUAUGUGUGGACAACACCAGAGCACCCAUUGACAACUACAAAGAAUGCCACCUGGCCAGGGUACCCGCCCAUGCUGUGGUCACCCGCCAAGACCCGGCGCUGGCAGACUUGAUCUGGCGAAGCGUCACCACAGUGCAGGGCUUCAACCUGUUCUCCUCUGCUGCGUACGCACCCGCCAAGAACCUGAUGUUCAAAGACUCCACACAGAAACUGGUCCGGCUGCCUCCCAACACAAACUCCUUUUUGUAUUUGGGUGCCAGCUACAUGAGCACCAUUCGCUCUCUGAACAAAGAGAUCACUGCAGCUGGAUCCAGCGCUAUCACGUGGUGUUCCGUGGGCCACAGCGAGACACGGAAAUGUGACACAUGGAGUGUCAAUGGCAUGGUGGAUGGCGAAAACAAAAUUCUGUGUCAGACUGCCCCCAGUGUGGAAGAGUGCCUUAAGAUGAUCAUGAGUAAAGAGGCAGAUGCAGUGGCAGUGGAUGGGGGGGAGGUGUACACUGCCGGACAGUGCGGUCUGGUUCCAGCCAUGGUGGAGCAGUACGAUGAAGCCAAGUGCAGCAUAUCUGGAGCCUCGUCAUCGUCCUACUUCGCAGUCGCCGUGGUCAAGAAGGGUUCCGGGGUGACCUGGGCCAACCUGAGGGGGAAGCGGUCCUGCCACACAGGCUUUGGCAGAAACGCCGGCUGGAACAUUCCCAUGGGUAAAAUCCACAAGGAGACCGGCAGCUGCGAGUUCAGCAAGUUCUUCAGUAGCGGCUGCGCCCCUGGAGCUCCGGCCGGCUCGCCGUUCUGCUCUCAGUGCGCAGGCAGUGGGAAACCUGUGGAUGACAAAUUCAAGUGCCAACCCAGUUCAGAGGAGAAGUACUACGGCUAUGCUGGGGCCUUUAGGUGCCUUGUUGAGGGUGCUGGUGACGUGGCCUUCAUUAAACACACUAUUGUUGAGGAAAACAGUGACGGUAACAACCUUAGACAUCACACACACCCCCGCCAGUACCAAAACCGAUCAAAUUUGUGCUCCAUUGCAGGUAAGGGUCCAGCGUGGGCUGCAGAUGUCUUGAGCAGUGACUAUGAGCUCAUUUGCCCCUCCAAGGGUCCGGUGCCCAUCACAGACUUUGAGUCUUGCCACCUGGCGGCCACCCCGGCACAUGCUGUGGUGACCCGCCCCGAGACCCGCAACAAAGUUGUCAGUAUUCUCCAGGAACAGCAGGCCAGGUUCGGAACAAGCGGCAGCGACCCCGGUUUCAAAAUGUUUAAGUCUGAUCCUGAGAAGAACCUCCUCUUCAAAGACUCCACCAAAUGUCUCCAGGAGGUGCCAAGCGGAUCCAACUAUAAGAUCUUCUUAGGACCAGAUUACAUGGAUGCCAUGACCUCACUGAGGCAGUGCAGCGAUGCCACUCCAGAUCUGGAGAAAUUGUGCACGUCCCACACCUGUCAGCAGACAAACUAGAUGGCUCAACAUCUUUUCCAUGAUGCAUUCUGAUGCUACAUUGUAUUGUCUCUGUCUCAACAUGUUCAAUCGCCAAUUACAAAUCAAUACUUAUCCCUACGCAUAUAUUCAAGACCUAUUUCGCAAACUGUUUUUCUAACAUGUACCUCAUUUAUCAAAUAAAGCCUUUUCA